CACGACGGUGUGACUGACGCCAGAUAAAUAAUAAUUGUGACAAAGUAUUGAGAAAUUGUUGAAAUAACUCGAAUUGCGGAAUGGUAUCAAUGAUGUGUUACGUGUGAAGAAGACCGCAAAUGAGGAACAAUUGAUUCUGAUUAGGAAAAAAGGUUUCAUUUGCAAAUCAUAUAUGUACAUAUUUAUUUACACAUAUGUAUAUGCAGAUAUAUUAGUCUAGAGAGGGGGGUUUACAGCUUUAUGAGCUCUACUUAUCAACACAGCACCUCUUUUUCUUGAUAACAUCGCCCAGAUAAAAUACACAUUACAUAUUCGCUGUGCAUACAAUUAUUUUAUUGGCCCUGAUUACACCACAUACGGUAUUUCUCCAUGAUCUCCGUUCAAUCAUAAGUCACUGACUGCUCGACCGAGAGGGUUGCAAAUGUACACAAGCACAGAUCGUCGAAAUCCGAUUGCAUUACUAUUAUUGCCUUGACGUUACCAGACCACCACCAUUUGUACAUAUUUAAGUACACACACAUAUUGCACCAUUUGUUGUCGACACUGUAAAUGUAAAUAAUUACAAUGUUAGUUAGCAGUCCAGCAGGUAUGUCAUGCUAAUAAUAUGUAAUAGGAAUACGCCAAAAGCCUCUUUAUGCAAUAAGAGUUCAGCACAACGAACGAGUUGAUGAGGGCACACGUUCAUCAGCCAGUCUUAAAUAAAACUGUCAUAAAUUCCAUUCACUAUUCUCUCAUCUCAUCUCAUCCUGUGUGUCUCUGUGUGUGUGAUGAAUGUGAUGUGAUGAUAACCACCGAAUUCCUCAUCGCCCUUGUUAAUUGCACCCAUCAUCAUCAUCAUCAUCAUUAUUUAGUUACAGACGAGUAGUUAACUUUUAACCUCAAGGACUUUAAACAUUAAGCUUAAACUCAAUUAAUUUGUAAUCUUGUGGUCAUUUCAUGUUCUACACUUCCACCAGACUGACAUUACUAUUAUUAUUAAAUUAAGUAUGUACUUAUCCUUACUGGGCUUCGACAACUCAACCUUAUCGGCUUUUUGCACUACGAAAUAAAACAAGUUCAUUAUUCUGAGAGAGGAAAUUAACAACUUCUUCCCUCACAUGCAGCCUUAAGCUUUCUGCCAUCCAGAAACUAGAGUGUACAAAAAAAAUAUACUGCAAAUGCAAAGCAAUCCGCGCUUCCAGACUAAUUAAGACGAGUGUCACUCCCACAACGUACAUAUUUAUGUAUGGACGUAUAAUUACGCCUAUCGUCACUCCUGUCCUUGUUGUGGUGUGGUUAAAAAAAGAACAAUAAUCGACGUGUAAAUACUACUUUCUUCCAUUAUUAUUUGGUUGAAAAUAAUCAGGGUCUCUGAAUCAGUCGUAUAUCACGUCCUCCUCUCCGUUUGUGCAUUGAGCAUAGUGUGUAAAAACAAUAACUAUUUUAUGUGGCUGCUCAAGAAUAAUACCUAAUAAAUAAAUACUCAUUCUCGAAUCAGUGACUUUGUUGACAGUCUUUAUUAACUCUCAAGAUUCUCAAGAAUCAUUGGAUCACGACGACCCGAACGAGUCAGAGGUAGCGCAGUAAAGUAAUCAAUAAUUCACUAAUGCGAUCUUCUUGACUAAAAUUCACAACAAAUUUCAUACUCUGCCGGAGAAAUAACUACGGAAAAAAAGUCGAAUCUAAAUUUAAAAAGUGAACAAUAUCAAAAAUGGUGGACUGCACAUCAUGCACCAGACCUUCCGUAAAGUGUGGAUGAUGGAUGAUAAUUUCUGCAUGUCUCAAACAUGAGGACACUGUUUGUUUGGCAUCCCUUAAUUUGAAUUGUUGACUUUUAUGAAGAACAAAGUUGACAUGGAUGACAUAAGAGGCCAGAUGGGGUUUCGAGGGGUGCGUACCUCCAAAUUUCGCCAUGUAUUUGGCCAACCAGUCAGGAAGGAGCAUAGUUACGACAACAUAAAAAUCACACGGAAUGCUCACGACUGCAAUUUCUGCGCAGUGAACCCCAAAUUUCUAGCAAUUGUUACCGAAGUUGCGGGUGGGGGGUCGUUUAUGGUUUUACCUUUGGAGAAGUAUGGACGCCUUGAUCACCACAACACGUUCAAAGUUUGUGGUCACACGGGCCCCGUGUUGGACGUGAAAUGGAACCCGUUUAAUGACAACAUGGUCGCAUCAGCAUCGGACGAUGCCACAAUCAAAAUUUGGUACAUUCCCGACGGAGGCCUCACUGCAAACUUGAACGAGUGGCUCGUUGAAUUAACAGGUCAUCGGCGUCGUGUCGGAUUUUUGGAGUGGCAUCCAACGGCAGAAAAUGUACUUGCCUCGGUCAGCUUUGACCACACGGUGAUAUUGUGGCACGUAACUAAGUCAGAACCAAUCAUUUCAAUCAACUGCCACCCUGACAUUAUUUAUUCGAUCGCCUUCAAUCGCGACGGCUCACUCUUGGCUACGACUUGCAAGGACAAAAAGCUUCGAGUGAUCGAACCUCGGACGGGGAAAGUCUUGCAGGAGGGGCAGUGUCACACUGGAACGAAGGCAAGCAAAGUAGUUUUCAUUGGGGAUACUGGCCGCUUAGUCACGACGGGAUUCGCCAGAUAUUCCGAUCGACAAUUUGCCAUAUGGGACGCUAAAAACUUGGAGAAGCCUCUCGCCGUGGAAGUGAUAGACUCCUCUUCCGGGGUCGUGUUUCCAUACUAUGAUCACGACACGAGACUCCUCUACCUGGCUGGGAAAGGGGACGGAAAUAUUCGUUACUAUGAAAUUGUGGACCACUCUCCAUGGGCCUAUUAUUUAAAUCAAUAUCUAUCCGGCUGUCCUCAAAGGGGCCUAGGUUGGAUGCCGAAGAGAGGUUGCGAAGUGUACCGUUGUGAAAUUGGCAGAUUUUAUAAACUUCAUGCAAUCAAAGGUCUAUGUGAGCCAAUUUCCAUGAUAGUUCCAAGAAAGAGCGAUCAAUUCCAAGAUGAUCUCUACCCCGACACCGCGGCACCAACGCCAUCGCUGUCUGCAGCCGAAUGGAUCAGUGGGGUCAACAGGCCGCCAGUUCUAAUAUCCCUCAAGACAGGCGUUGUGGUAAAAACUCACAAACCCAUUCCACUCCAAGAAAUUGAGAUGACAUCCAAACCUCCAGAUCGUAAUACGGAAAUGAAGUUUGCAUUCCUAUCUCAGGAGACAACGCCGGAUUACAGGAGUUUGGAUGACAACGAUGGUGUGGAUGACGAUGAUUCAGACUCUGAACGGGAAAGUGAUGACGAAGACGAUGGUCACGGAGUCCGAUAUUCCUCCCGAGAAGAAGACUACGACUAUGACUCUGGGGUUAACACGGACAUAAGUCUGGCGACGACCGUAGCACCGGGUUCGCCCCCACUCCACCACCCUCUCAGGAGAUCACCCUCCACUAAAAUCCUCCAGAUUAUUAACCUUUUGCAGCAAGACGCUGGCAAAUACGAUGCGUCGAGGGAGAAGGACUCGAAGGAAAAAUGGGAGAAAACCAAGAUGAACCAGGCCGUUCAGCAAAAGAAAGUUGCGUCGAUUGUUAACCAGCUUCAAACCACGACGACCCACUCUUCCAGCUCAUCCCCCACCAAUUUAACUACCUCCACUCAACCUACCUCAGUUCGAAGAGAUAGCAUCGAGAGGGUGAAAAACAACAAUCAGAACAACAUGGAUCUGGUCACUUUUGAUGAUUUCCGGGCCGGAUAUAUUCGCAAGUGUUUGGAAGUGGAGAGAUUACAGGUCAUGGUUUCCUUGAAAGAUAAGCGAAUCAAAGAAUUGGAGGCGUACGUGGAACUCUUGUCCCAAUGAGAUGAACCUACUAGUCACAAGAAACAAACAAUUUACAACAAAUUCAAACCGAACAAAAAAAACGAUAAUUCAAUAAACCCCACCUCGUCAUCAAUUGUCAGAUCAUCAUCUUCAUAUGCAAUCGAAUAAACCUGAGGAGGAGCACCUAUCUGCCUGCCUACCUACCAAACCAAACCACAACUACUAUAUAUAAUAUUACCAUUUUAAUCAAAAACACAACAAUUUGUCUUUAAUCUUAAAUAUGCGCUUUCCACUUUCAAUUUGACUCAAUUUUUCAUUGCUACAGAAAGUAAGGAGCAAAAGCUUGCAUAUACAUAAAUAUGCAAGGACUUAUUGUAGAAAAUAUUUAGAGAUGAGAGAAAAGAGAGAAGACCUACCCUUUUCCCCAGGGAACAAAUUGGAAAAGCUUGUACUUUUUUUAGACUUAUACCUAUUACCUACAAUACUACAACUAUGGAGAAGUGAUAUUAGGUUAGUUGUUGUUAAUUAAUUAUGUAAAAUCAAUUACUGCAUAAACCAAACUGCCUUUGUCCAACAGACCGAUUUUACCAUACAUUAAUUAUUAUUGUUAUUAUUGGGAGACGUUUUGUUGCUUCAAGAAUUGUGCAACAAAGAAACAACCCUUUUUAAUCAAAAUAAUAAAUAAAUACCACCUGCUAUUAUUAUGCUAAACAUA